AUGGCUUCUGACUACCUGUAUUUCAAGGCAGACACCCGCGAGCUGCGAACCGCAGUCGGCGGGUUCCGGGAACAGGUCGCUUCACAGACCCCCCUCCCUGUUAGCCCUGGGAGCAAUCUGAGCGCUCACGAAAAAUCGAAGCGAACCGAGCUCCUGUUGGGAGCUCGACUGCGCGGUGUUCCUGCUGAACAAUGGCACCUUCCUCAGCCCCAGGACCAGCCAUCGUCGAUCGUCGGAGAUGCCACAGUUGGAGUCAGACUCAACAUCGCGCAAAGGCAGUUUCUCCGAUGUCGCCGAGAAGCUCCAUACGCCCCCAAACCCCCCACCCCUCGAUCUCAGUUGACUCCGCAAGCCAAUGGGCUGAGUUUGGCCCAGCUCGAUCCCUCCACUGACGUCGAGAACAGUGGUCACGCGGAGGACGUGCGGAAAAAGCUGGAACAGAAAUUUCCUGAGGGGCAAGACUACCAAGAUGUGGACGAGGACCUCACUCGCCCAGUUAAGAGGCCCCGGGAGAGCGCGUGGAAUGACGGUUCCUCUGGUACUGGCCCCUCUGCGAUCCUCGACGAGGUGAUAUCUGCGGUUGACGGCCUCUACGGGAAGUGGAAAUAUGCUGUCCGGCAUGGCCAGGAAGAGUUUGCCCCCGAAGCUCAAGAAGCAAUUAAGUCCAUCGCGGCUAUAAAAGCCUCCUACCGUUUGGGUCCCAUCCGCUAG